AUGUCGCGAGUGCCCUUUCUCUGCAGAUCCUAUAUAAUUCUCGAUUCCAGAGUUCCAAAAACAGGUGGGGCAUUGGGCGAACACAAAAUCCUCGGGAAAGUGAUGAGAACGAUAUUCACGGUGCUGACAGUGUGCUUUCUUCAGGUUUUGUGUCUCUCACAAGGUCAGAACACAGAGGACAGGAGUCGCGAGCAGAGGUAGGGCAACUAAGCAAUUCCAGGUCUACUUCCAUACCAUUUGAGAAAUCAUUUUUUUUUGAAUUCUCAGCAAGAGCUAAUCAUCUGUAUUUAAUAUUUUUCCUGCUCGUCCCCAUGGAUAAUGUAAUCGUUUGCUUUUUCAGGUACGUCCUCCACAAGAGAGCCUUUGAUCGAGUAGACCUGUCUCCCUUUGACUUCGGCGCUUAUUCAAAACGAUAUAAUAACGAUCUGAGAAGUCUCUACAGAAAAAAGAAGUCCUUUGACAGGCUAGAUCAAGGUCCAUUUGGCCUCGUGAAGAGAAAACGAGUCUUCGACAGAGUUGAUGCCGGCUUCGGCUUCGGAAAGAGGUCUUCAGGUAUGUAAAUUAGGACUUAAUUAUUCCUGUUCUCAUUAAACUUCAAUUCACAAAAAAAUCAUUAUGAAAUUGUUUUUUUUUUAUAACUCCCCUUGCUUAUAUUAGCUUUAUUGGUAACCAUAACACUUUUGCAAAUAGAAUAGUAGAUGCAGCCAGUGCCAGCUGGUUUCCGGAAUUGCAAUAUUCGUUGCAGUUGUCCAAAGAGUUACAAAUCUUUAAUGUGUAAACGGAAUCCUUCUCGAUGUAGGUAGUGCACCUAUUUAACUCCAUAUACACUGCUCCGCCUGGUCCGUUGAGUUGGGGAGAAUCACUGCAUCUGUAGUCCAACAAGGAAUUUCCUUUCUGGGUUUUGUUAUCUAAAUUUACAUAAUCGAAUAUCGGAGAAUUCGAACGUACAAUAAGUACAGUAUCCGUUGAAACAAUUCACUGAUUGAAAACACUUUUCUUGUCUUAUUAUGAGGGGGCGGCAAUCGAGACAAUACAACGGAGUUCCGCCUAAACUUACAAAAAACAUCAUAGUAAUUCCGUCCGAAUACAACCCCUAAUGUAUUCAAACUUCUGCUGUAAUGGCUGACGUGUUAGGGCGUUUAUUUCGACAGCAUGACAUCAACUUUUUUGGUUUUACACAACUUUAAAACAUACCUGAAAAUAGGACCACAAGAAAUGUGAGAUAAAACAAAAACAUUAGCAAGAACGGAGCACUCCAAUAGAUAGAUACUGCCUUAGUUUUAUAUUCUAUUUUCGUUAUAAUACGACCCUUUUCAGAAAUGGCUGUCCCUGGCAGAAUAUCGCUCUCCGAUCUGGUGAGCCAAGCCCAGUCGAUCGAGCCCAUAGACUAA